GUCUGGCCCCGCGACGCGCGGCUCUGGUUUCCUCGCUGCAGAGAGGAGACGCUGGAGAAGUUGUUACCCAUGGCAUCGGCCCCCCGGGGGUGCUCCGGCGGGCACCAGGCGAGGACGGGAAGAAGAGAGACCCCCUCCUGUGGAGCCCAGGCCCACCACUGAGUGACCAAGCCUCAGUGUCACACCCACAGCUUUGUCCACGCAGCUGCAGCCAUGGAUCGGUUCCGAAUGUUCUUCCAGCACCUCCAAUCCAGCUCUGAGUCAGUGAUGAAUGGCAUUUGCCUCCUGCUGGCUGCGGUCACAGUCAAGAUGUACUCCUCCUUCGACUUCAACUGCCCCUGCCUAGCUCGCUACAAUGCCCUCUAUGGCCUGGGCCUGCUGCUCACUCCUCCUCUAGCCCUCUUCCUCUGUGGUCUCUUGGUCAAUAGGCAAUCUGUAGUGAUGAUGGAGGAGUGGCACCGGCCAGCAGGGCGCCGGAGGAAGGACCUGGGCACCAUCAGGUACAUGUGUUCCUCGGUGCUGCAACGCGCUCUGGCAGCACCCCUGGUCUGGAUCCUGCUGGCCCUCCUUGAUGGCAAGUGUUUCGUGUGUGCCUUCAGCAACUCCGUGGACCCUGAGAAGUUUCUGGAUUUCGCUAACAUGACCCCCAGCCAGGUGCAGCUCUUCCUGGCCAAGGUGCCCUGCAAGGAGGAUGAGCUUGUUAAAAACAGCCCUGCACGCAAGGCUGUGUCUCGAUACCUGCGGUGCCUGUCACAGGCCAUAGGCUGGAGCACUACCUUGCUGCUGAUAGUGGUUGCCUUCCUAGUCCGCUGCCUGAGGCCCUGCUUCGACCAGACAGUCUUCCUACAGCGCAGAUACUGGAGCAACUAUGUGGACCUGGAGCAGAAGCUCUUCGAUGAGACUUGCUGUGAGCACGCAAGGGACUUCGCACACCGCUGCGUGCUGCACUUCUUCGCGAGCAUGCAGAGCGAGCUGCGCUCUCUGGGGCUACGUCGGGACCCAGCCGGUGGGAUCCCAGAGUCGCAGGAGUCCCCAGAGCCCCCAGAAGACCUGGAUGGUGCGAUCGGGAAGGCCCACCUGCGUGCAGUCUCCAGCCGGCAGCAGGUGGAUCAACUCCUAAGUACCUGGUACUCCAGUAAGCCACCGCUUGACCUCGCAGCGUCCCCCAGGCUCUGGGGUCCUGGCCUCAAUCACCGAGCUCCUAUCGCUGCUCCAGGCACCAAGCUGUGCCACCAGGUCAAUGUAUAGGGAUCUUGUGAGGCUCCAUUUUCCCAUGUCAAAUGCCCAUGUUAGCACAGCCUCCUUUGCUGGCCUCCUUCCCAGAUAGCCCUGUAUCUGCCUAGUUUCUGGGAAUGUCCUGCUGUGUGGACACCAUUCCUUCUGGGCCCUGAGCAAGUUCAGAUUCUUAUUCAGCGUGUUCAAGACUGAGUCCCUUUCCUUUCCUUUCCUUUUCCCUUUCUUUCCUUUCCUUCUUUCCUUCUUUCCUCAACCACCCCAUCUCUUUCUGAGGAAGAGUCCCACUUCAUCUGUCUAGCUGAAGUUGACCUUGAACUCCAGGACUAAUAAGAAUGGCUAGCCUCCUGCCUCAGGCUCCCUUAGUGUUGGGAUUACAGGUGUGAGUCACCACUUCCUGGUUUCCAGAAUUUUAUCUCCAACAAGCCCCCACACUAGACUGUUUCUUCUGGUCAGUGGACCAAACUUUGAGCAGCCACAGUCAGAAUAAAUCCGUUGUGGAUCCGGGUCAUAGACAUUGAUACCAAAUCUU